AGAUAAUAAAAUGUCUGCACUUUUUAAAAUUUAAAGUUACAAGUAAAAUAGAAAAACAAAAAAAUUAAUUAGAAAUAGUUAUAAGGCACGAUUACGGUAACGAAAACAGGGCACGCCCUGUUCAUGAAGAUUUUCUAGGAAAAAAGAAGCUCAAUAAAAAACCAUAUAUUAUUAAGCGUUUUUAAUUAACACAAAGGACUUGGUUAAGUGAGUUUAAUCAACAUGAAUUACGGCCGCAAAACUCCGUCUACUUAUCGAUCAAAUCCCUCCGUAUAUUCACAUACAACGGGCAGAUCGUCGACAAAUUUACACACCGUAAAAUCACGAUCAACACGUUCCGUACGUAUACCUUGGUAUCAGAGGCCGAUUCUAAAAAAUAAUCAAUAUAUUGAUAUACAAAAGAGCGCUUUGUUAAUUGGCCUAUUCGCUGUAUUCUUGGCUUUAUUUACCAUUAGCACUGCCAUUUUUGAUAUAUAUUGUUUAGCUAUGGCUGCUCCCGGUUCUACACAUUACGGUUACUAUAUAAUCUCGUAUGAAUUUGUUUAUGUAGGCAAUAAACAUGUGCGUCACAUGCUGAUAGUGUUCGCUUUGUUCUCUUUAAUCUUAGGCACCAUUGUUCUAUUUACUAGUAUCUUAUUGGUGGUAGCUUUAAGAAAAGAAUAUGAGCGUAAAAUUUUACCCUGGCUUUGGACAUUUGCCAUAUUUACAAUUUGGCGUACCUUGGCGUUGUUGUUCUUUGCGAUUGUUAACGAUUUGUACUUUGCCUAUAAUGCUUUGAUUACCUUCCUAUGGUCGGUAUUCGUGUUGGUUAGCAUCUAUGGUUGGUGUGUAGUGUACUCUUUGUUCUUGGAAUUGGCUGAUUUAACGAAACUUGAGGAUCUGGCUCAUUUAAGGAUGGGUACCAUGGCUUCUUUGCAUGCAUCGACUGCCAAUUCUUUGGCCGGCUCACGUCCCACCACCCCACAUAGUACCGUUUCUACCAUGCCAGUAGGUUAAAAAUUCAAAAUAAUUCAUUUCUAACAUAUUCCGUCCAAUUUUUGGCUCUAGUUCUAAUAUAUACAUAUCUAUAUAUAUAUAUACGUUUUCUUUUUCUUAGAUUUUAAUAUUAUUUGUACCAAAUUAUUUUUUUAUUUACAUAAACCUAAAGUGUGCCUUAAUAGUAUUUACAAGAAAUGCGAACAUUCCUUCCUUCCUCGAAUACUAUAGGUUUUUAUACCUCUCUAUUAUUCAGAUUUAUUAUUUAAUGUACAAAACGAAAAAAUGUUAACAAUGGAAAAAUGUUUUUAUAAAAUAA